GUUCCAGUAAUGUCAACGACUCCGAAAACACAAGAGAAAAUUAUACGAAAGGAAGUAGAGAUUGCCAUUGAUACCGCAAAGGAAGCAGAAGCAGAGAGAAAUGUCGUAGGAAAACAUGUUGCAAAGCAACUUAAUCCCAAAUUUGAUAUCAGCGAAAAUUGUUAUUUUAAACGAACCAAAAAAAAUACUUCGGAUAUUAAAAGUUCUAAUAUUUGUAAGAAUGAACAACACAAUAAUUUAAAAGUGUGCGGACACGCGCAGGAAGACGCUGUUCACGAGUUCCAUUUCCGAAACAACUCCCAACAUAACCAACACUUUCAACAGAAUUUACCAGUGAACAACCAUUUGGAUAAAAUGUCCAUUCGCUCGCUCAGUUCGGAGGAUGUUUCGACUGCUGUCGAGGGAAAAUGCUGCAGCGCUGCUGCUCGAAAUCCGGCCAUUAAAACUGGUCGCCGCAUCCAGCUGAUGCAGAUGAUAAUUUUGCCAUUUAUUCCAAUAUUGGCACUCAUUGUUCAAACAUCGGUCAUUCUCCAGGAAAUUCUUGACUACAGGGCAGAAGUAGCUGAUAUAGAAACGCAGGUGACAAUAGCAACAAAUUUGGGAAAGGUUGUAACCCGUCUACAACUGGAACGGUCGGAAGUGUCUUUCUUUAUUUUUACAAAUGGGAACCUAGAAAGAUCAAACUUAACACGAAGAUUCGCUGUGACAGAUAACGCAUUGAAUAAUUUAACAACGUGGAACGAAGUGAGUGUGCCCACAUUACCAGAUGAAGAUGAAGAUUUCGAGGUUAUGCUUAACCGGUCAGAAUUUCAAAAUCGUCUAAAUGAAUUCAGAGAUCGUGUUCGAUCCGAGCCCGAAGACAAUUCAAUAACGGAUGUCAUGAAUUGGUACACUGCAAUCAACCGGGCUCUCUUACAUCAUCUCACUGAACAGAUAAAAGAAACUGACAACAGUGGCGUUUGGCGCUAUCUGAUUGGAUUCAAAAAUCUACUAAAAAGUAUUGAAUGCCAGAACAUCGCGGCUUCUUUUGGAAUUAAAUACUAUGGGCGAGGGUAUCUGGGCUUGGACGCGCUGGUGUCUUUCAUUCGCUAUGAAUUUCUAUCGCGUGAACUUAUUAACUCGACCUUGACCUAUGUUCCCAGCCUGAAGCCAAUGUAUUUGAAUAUAACCAGGACCGAUAAAUACAGAAAACUAAAAGCAAUGAAUGUAAAUGUUUUGAAAAAUAUCCAAGGCGUAUCUGACGAGCGCAAUGCAAUACAAUAUUACGACGCUAUGCACAACUUUACAGAUGAUUUGCGAAUAUUACAAAAGGCUCUGCGACACAAAAUUAAAGAAUACGUGGAUACAAAUCUCGCUGAAGCUGCAAAUAAGGAGGCUGUGGGUAUAGCCAUCUUGGUGGUCGUUCUAUGUGUUUCUCCGAUUAUUAUAAUUUUGGUUAAAAAUGCCGCUGCUACUAUUCAGCUGUAUGCAGUGAACCUAGCUCAAAAGGCCAGGGAGUUGAAGAGAGAAAAGCGGAAAAGUGAUUCCUUGCUUUUCCAAAUGUUGCCGCCCAGUGUUGCAAUGCAGCUAAAGCAAACUCAACAGGUGCCCGCUGAAUUAUAUGAGGCUGUAACAGUUUACUUCAGCGACAUCGUGGGUUUUACUGAAAUAGCUGCCAGAUGCACACCGUUAGAGGUGGUUACCUUCCUGAACUCCAUUUAUCGCGUUUUCGAUGAGAGAAUUGAGUGUUAUGACGUUUACAAAGUGGAGACAAUAGGAGAUUCUUAUAUGGUUGCAUCCGGCUUGCCAGUGAUAAAUGGCGAAAAACACGUUUCGGAAAUUGCCACAAUGGCGCUUGAUUUACUGGACGCUUCUUCUUUUUUCAAAAUUCCACGGUCAACUGGCACCUUACAAAUCCGUUGCGGCAUCCACACCGGACCUGUGGUGGCUGGAAUCGUCGGAACGAAAAUGCCGCGCUACUGUCUUUUUGGCGACACUGUUAACACAGCAUCACGUAUGGAGUCUACUGGUGAAUCCCAUAAAAUUCACAUCACGGACGAAAUGAAUGAUGCUUUGCAUAGGAUCGGUGGCUUUCGUACAGAACACCGUGGGCUUAUUAACGUUAAGGGUAAGGGUCUGAUGCGAACGUACUGGCUGACUUGUAAGGAUGGACCGGUGAAAAUUCGAUGCGAAGAGAUUUGCUGGUUUACUGACAUGCAGCCCAUUUUUUUGGAAAAGUUGAAAUCAGAGCCGGGCUUAAAAAACGAUGGCAAGCGAAAAUAAUAAACUGAAAUUCGGCAUAAAAAAAUAUUUUGUAUGAAUAUAGAUGUGUAUAUACAUGUGAA